AGUGUGCCGCUCACUCACAUGCCCAUGGCGCAGCAGCCACUUCAUCUCCCGCACAGCAGCAAACACGCGACUCCAACUUACCAUCGCCGGCAUGGAAAUCCCAGGGCCGAUGCUGUGUCGCCGGUGUCGGUAUCGCUCCGGCAAGGCGCCCCGACCGACGCCCGCGGCCUCCGGGCGCUCAUCAAGGCGCUGUCCGCGUCCCCCGCCGCUGCCGCGGCCAACGAGGCGGCGGCGGUGCACGCCCACGCCGCCAAGCUGGGGCUGGACCGCGAGCGCACGGUCCGGAACGGACUCAUCGCGCUCUACCUCGCCCGCGGCGACCGCACCGCCGCGGGGGCCCUGUUCCACGGGUUCCCCGACGGCCGGGACGUGGUUUCCUGGACGGCCAUGGUUACCGGCCACGCUCGCCUGGGGUUCACCGACGAGGCCGUGGCGCUGUUCCUCGACAUGGUGGGCGGCGAUGACUGCGGCGUGGCCGUCGACGCUGUGGCCGCCGCCGCGGGGUUCGCGGCCUGCGCGGAGGCGAAGGACAUCGCACUCGCCAGGGAGGCGCACCGCCGCGUCGCGGCCGCGGAGGUCGCGCUCGACGUCGUCGCGUGGAACGCGCUGGUGGACAUGUACGCCAAGUGCGGCGACGUGGCGGCGGCGCGUCGGUGGUUCAGGGCGAUGCCGGCGGGCAAGACCGUCGUGUCGUGGAACACGAUGAUCUCGGCGCUCGCCCGCGCCGGCGAGCACGGCGAGGCGCUGGCUCUGUUCCGGGAGAUGCAGCGCGCGGGGGUGCGCCCGGACGACGCGACGCUCGUCGCCAUCCUCGGUGCGUGCGCUCAGCUCGGCGCGCUCGACACCGGCCGGUGGGUGCACGCGUACAUGGGCAGGCAGCUGGGCCGCCGCGAGGCCGCCGACGGCGUCGUCGGCAACGCCCUGCUCGACAUGUACGCCAAGUGCGGCGCGGUGGACCAGGCCAUGGCGGUUUUCGACGCCAUGGAGCGGCGCGACGUGUACACGUACGCGUCCAUGAUCAUGGGGCUCGCGACGCACGGCCGCGCCGAGGAGGCCCUGGCGCUGUUCGCGGCCAUGCGGCGAGCCGGCGUGCGCCCGAACGGCGUGGCGCUCCUCGGCAUCCUCUCCGCGUGCUGCCACGCCGGCCGCGUCGACGACGGCCUCCGGUACCUGAGCGAUAUGGCGCGGUGCUAUGGCGUGAUGCCCGGCAUCGAACACUACGGCUGCGCCGUCGACAUGCUCGGCCGCGCGGGGAGGCUGGACGAGGCGGAGGCGCUCGUCGCGGCGAUGCCCGUGCCACCCGACGCGCUCGUCCGGGGCUCCCUCCUCGCGGCGUGCCGGGCGCGCGGCGACGUCGAGCGAGCCGAGCGGGUGAUGCGGCGCAUGAACGACGGCGGCGACUCCGGGGACUACGUUCUCAUGUCGAACAUGUACGCGUCCAGGGGACGACACGGCAGGGCAGUGCGGAUGAGGAAGCAGAUGAGGAAGAGCAAUGUGAACAAGGACCCCGGUUGCAGCGUCAUCGAGAUCGACGGCGUCGUGCACGAGUUCCGUGCUGUUCCGGCCAACUCCAUCUCGUGAUCUCUACAAGUUCAUCUGGAGGAACCGCGCUCCGCCGCGAGUGCAGUUCUUUGGGUGCCGGGCCAACCUAGUCUCGAAGAACUACGUCCUGGGCAGCGCAACAUGUGAUCACCGGAGCACCGGAACACCUCGUCGCCGCGUGAUGAUGCUGGGCGGCACUUGGAAUCAACACCACAGGCUGUUGGGCGUCCUCCCUGUGGGAUGUGCUGUAACCGCCAUCGCUGCCAGUGACGCACUUUGAUAGCUUCAUCCUUCUUGCCUGCGGGCGUAUUUGGCAUAACCGGCGCUAUUCUUUUAGUAGCGGGAGAUGUGCGCUAGUGGUGACUUUGUCAAUCUCAAGAAUUUGCCAGCUCAGUCUUUCAGAGGUGCUCAUAGGGUUGGACUGAGCUCCCAGAUGAAGUUUUGCACUCAAUUAUUGAGUUGUUGAGCUGCACCAGUUUUUUUACCUUCUUGCCUUGAUCGCCAUCUGCCGCAAUUGGCGUGCAGUCUUCAUGAAAGCCAAAUCCUCUUUCUGCAAGCUCUUCCCACCUCUGAUGAUCUGAAGCUGUGCCCAAUUAAGCAACGAUGCCCACUCUGAAGUUCAUCACACAGCAGCUCAUCACACUGAAGUUGCCAUUGCCAAAGAACUUGAGAUGCAAACUCUUGGAGCUCCGAACUGGCCUACAGCUAUCGUCCGGGGUGAGAGCCUGAGACCUACAAGCAAGCCUACACGGUCGUCACCGGCGGCGCGCAUGGUGGGGUUGUUCACUUGGCGCCGCCGUGGGCGCUGGCCAUGUCGACGGGGGGGCUCUCGACGUCCUCCAUGUCCUCGCGCACGAACACCGCCUGGUCCAGCACCGACGGCCAUGUGCCCUGCCGGUUACAGCGUGUGGCCUACGUUACAGCGAUGAAGUGUAUCCAUUCGCUAGCGGGAUGUUGCUGCCCAGUUGGGUGACGCCUAGUGUUCUCUCCCUGGAUGGAUAGCUAAAGGGGUGGACUUGGCCUUGUUCUGUAUCGAGUCAUUGAAAGGGGUGGACUUGGACUUGGACUUGUUUCCUGCCA